AUCACCUCGUUAGGACAUGUUUUGAUUACUGUGCACUAAGGAAAUGAAAAAGGCGUUACGACAUAACACCAAGGAAAAUAACAGCUCAUCCUGGGCCCAUUAUCGCCUCAAACUUCGACCGUCAUGUUUCGUUCCGCUUUGUUGAUUUUCCUUGCAGUCUUCGGUCCGAAUUUCGCACAUGCUUUGGCCACUAGAGGGAAAAACAAAAUACCGAGUUAUAUCAAAAUAUGCAGCAGGAGCGACCCGUAUUUGAACGAAUGCGUGAAAAGCUCUGUCGAGGCGAUCAAGCCUUACCUCGGAGAAGGAAUCCCUGAGCUGAUGAUUCCCAAGUGUAAUCCUUUGAAACUUGAAGAUGACAUCAACGUGGAAUUGUUCACAGAACCGAACUUUAUAAGAGUCACAUACAGCGACGUCCAAAUAAUGGGUGCAACCGAUUUCAAGCUCACGUCUGUCGAUCUAGAUUUGAUGACAAACGUCUUCAAAGUAGGAAUAGAUCUGCCAAAGUUGGAGACCAUAGGAAAUCUCGAUAUUAAAGGGAAAGUUUCAAGCCUGCCCAUUGCCGGACAAGGUCCCAGCCAUGGAAAUUACACCGAUGUACACGCCGAUGCGAUCCUCGUGUGUGAAAACAUCAUACAAAACAACGAGAUUUAUUUAAACGUGAAGGAUAUUUCUGUAAAAAUAAGCAUGGGUUACGUACACCUGAACUUGCAGAAAGUUUUCGCUGGAGAAUUUGGAAAAUUCAUGGAUGAGUUCUUAGGAAAGAACAGCGAGACUAUUGCUGAAGAGAUUAUUCCUCUGCUCGAGAAGUCCAUCGGUGCCAUGUUCCAAAAGCUAUCCAACAGGAUAUUCAACAAGUUUCCACUUGACGAACUUCUUCCCCCAAAAAAUGUUUUUUAGUUGUUUUUUUGUAAAAUUUUUUUAAAAUUAUUUAUAAUAUAAAUAAAUUUUGUA